GUUGUCACUUCUGGUUGCUCUGUGUAGCUCAGUUCCAGGUCUUGGCUCAGUCUAUAGUCUUCCACGCUUCGGCUAGCAGGUCCUGGGGACUUCCUCUUGUUUAUCCCUGCAGAAGUUUUACCAUGGUGUUGGAGUGUCGUUAACAGUGAAAACAUGACAUUUCAGAAAGUAAUGUGUGAUUUGUGUUACCAUUAGCGGACACUCGUUAAACCAUGAGAAAAUUCUAAAGUAAAAUUUACAGAAAAACAAAGUAUCUACUAACAAGGACAAACUGAAAAUUUAUAAGAGGAUUUAAUCUAUUUUUUGACAAUUACCUAAAGUACUCGGAGAGAAACAAAGACUUAUCCACAUCCUGGAGGUGCUGACUAACACUAUACAGUAGGCGGGAGGGACCACGGCGCGAAGAUGGCCAUCGCUGGCUCAGCUGUCAGAUUAGUGGUGAUGUGGUGUGUCACGCUGGCGGCGCUGCACGUGGAUGCAGCCCCCAAAACCGUAGCAGAACACAAGAUUAAUUUCGGAUGGCCAAAUUUUUUCAAUCCUGAGAUGGGAAUGAGAAGGGAGAAAGGAAGUAAGAAUGGGGAGAAUAUUAAGGAAGAGGAAGAAGGCAACGAAGUCAACACAGACCAGGAGAAGGAUGAGUACGAGGCGCUAAUUGACUAUACUCUUAAGGGAGGUCUACGAGGUACUCUAUUGCUUCUCAACUCCACCAAAAUGGGCGACAUAGGAAACCUGACCGUCAGUGAAGUGGGCAACCUGACGAAGGCGGCCACUAAGGUUAUGCAGGAGGAAGACCAGCAAGACACCAUCGAGAGUGAGGUGACGGAUGAGGGCGUGAUGCUCAGGACGCCCCUCGUCAGGAAGAAACAUACCCCAGAGCUGGGCAAAUAUGGCGCUAAGGUCACGUUCUACGCUGGCAAGGAACCCAUUAAGUUCAUCUACUACGGUAACUGGUGUGGUCGAGGUGGCAGGAGCGCCCCUGUAGACAACUUGGACCGAUGUUGUCUGGACCACGACAAGUGCUAUGGCCGUCUAGUCAGUCAGUGUCCCGACGUCUGGGAUAAACCUUACGACAGGAUGUACGCCUGGUCGCUGCUAAACGAGAAGGUGGUGUGUGUACGCUCCGAGUCUUACUGCGUGAACCACGUGUGUGAGUGUGACCGCCAGGCUGCCCAGUGUUUCCAGCAUUACCUCUCUACACCCUCUGAAAUCGCCACUCACCUAGGCACCAAGACAUCUUAAGACCAUCCUUCUCCCGGGUAACAUGUAAACAUCUUAUGAUAACUAUUUACCAGGUUA